UUUAUCCCGGGCGUGUAUAAAGACGCUUCCUGUACUCCUCUUGAAAGAAACAUAUUUUGAAACAUUCAUGGCUUGACGUUACUUUAAGGUACACGAAGAAACAAUAAAAAGUAUCCCAAGAUGAACUACGUACCAGGGACGGCCAGCCUCAUUGACGACAUCGACAAGAAGCACCUGGUGCUGCUCCGAGAUGGCAGAACACUGAUUGGUUACCUCCGAAGCAUUGAUCAGUUUGCCAAUUUAGUUUUUCAUCAGACAGUAGAGCGCAUCCACGUGGGGAAGAAAUUUGGUGACAUCCCCAGAGGAAUAUUCAUUGUGAGAGGAGAGAAUGUGGUACUUCUUGGAGAGAUAGAUAUGGAAAAGCCCUGCGACACGGUCCUGCAGCAGGUCUCCAUCGAAGAGAUUCUGGAGGAGCAACGGUUGCAACAGCAAUCCAAACAGGAGACGGAGAAAGUCAAAAUGCUGGCGCUGAAGGACCGAGGCCUUUCCAUACCCAAAGCCGAUAACUUAGACGAAUACUAACAUUGAAUCCAUGAGCCCCUUUCUCAGUUUGUAUGGGACUGAUACUUUUUACAUUUAAUUUGAGUUUGAGAGAGCAUGAGCGUUUUAUUUUUAUUUUAAUGGAUACAAGGCUGCAUCAUGCUGGGUCUGUAUACUGUAGUGUACUUUAUGAAUUUCAUUUGAAUUAUUUGGAGAAAAAAAUAAUGUGAUAGCUGCUCUCUGCAGAUACUUAUAGCAACAUUUGAAAGAAUCAUGUGUUUAUGUACGAUCACUCUGUUGGCAAUUAUUUUACAGCAGCACUUUCUAUUUUGUUGGUGAUAUGUUGUUGGAGGUGUGUGUGUGGGCCUGCGAUUGACACAAACUACAUGCUAUGCUCCAUUAAAGAGUUUAGUUUUUCAUUAUGGAAGGUGUGCUUGGACAAAUUUGUAUCUCACCAUGUUGCCUUUUUUCUGUUUUAUUUAUACUCUGUUGUAAUUAAUUACUUUUUAAGGCAUUAAAGGUUAAACAUACUUAAUGGGAUUUGGGCCCAUAUAGCAGCCAGAGCACUUCUGGUCCUGAAUGAUGGCAUUACAAGCAACAUGCAGAUCACACUCGUGCAUUUGUUAUGCCUAUCUAUGAAGAAAGGG